AUGUUCAAGUAUCGGAUCCGCAUGUUUUUCAAUGAACUCAAAGUGUUGCUACUGAUGCGCUCCGGAUCCAGCAGGAGGACCGACACCGGCACAGACCCGGACACGCAGCCCAGGAUGAGGGGGCUGGCUAUCGGAGGCUGCGGUUGGCCUCAGCUGAGCUGCUCUCACCGGGACGACGAGGAGGAAUAUUACGGCUCUGACCCGCGGCCCCGCAGCCUGGCGUUUGAGGAGAAGGAUGGAGCCAAACCGCAGGGAGGAGGAGGAGAAGCAGGAGGAGCAGGAGGAGGCCUGGACGCUGCGUCCCUGCCGAGUCUCUCCGAGAGCGGGAUGCGAUCACCGCAGUGCCGGAUCUGCUUCCAGGGACCAGAGAAGGGGGAGCUGUUGAGCCCUUGUCGCUGUGAUGGCUCUGUCCGCUGCACUCACCAGUCCUGCCUUAUACGCUGGAUCAGCGAGAGAGGCUCCUGGAGCUGUGAGCUGUGCUACUUCAAGUACCAGGUCCUGGCCAUUAGCACCAAAAACCCUCUGCAGUGGCAGGCCAUCUCUCUGACUGUGAUUGAGAAGGUGCAGAUUGCAGCCAUUAUCCUGGGCUCUCUGUUCCUCAUCGCGAGUAUUUCCUGGUUGGUGUGGUCGUCUCUCAGCCCCUCAGCCAAAUGGCAGCGGCAGGACCUUCUCUUCCAGAUAUGCUACGGCAUGUACGGCUUCAUGGACAUAGUUUGUAUAGGCCUUAUAAUCCACGAAGGAUCAUCUGUUUACCGGAUCUUUAAGCGCUGGCAGGCGGUCAACCAACAGUGGAAAGUGCUGAAUUAUGAGAAAGCGAAGGACCUAGGUGACCCCAUCAGUUCCAGCAGCAAAGGCGUUGGUCGUGUUGAGAGGAACUCUUCUCACACUAUCACAGACGGCGGCCGGAGAGCGAGUCGGCACGUCAGGACUAUUCUCCACCACCACUGUGGCUAUACUAUUUUGCACAUCCUCAGCCAACUGAGAGCCAACAACCUGCACAGCAACAACCAUGAGGUGGUCAUGAGAGUGACCACUGUAUGAGGCUAACUGAAGCAGACAAAAGUGCUGCAAUGUUUGAAGAAGAGAUAAAAGUUGACUGGGGUUUAGUACAAAAAGAAUUGUAAUCUGCCAUAUAAACACUGCCGUGAACUUGUAAUCUUGUAUUUUGCUCUCAGAUUCUCCCUGAGCUAAGGACAACGAGAAUUACAGAUUUCUAAGAUUUGGGAAAAAGAAAACGUCACAGUUUUAUCUAUAAAGACAAAGACUGUGAAAUAAG